AUGUCCGAAAUCGCAGAACGUUAUGUGGAGCAAAUUCAAACGACGGCUGAGACGUUAAGGAGACGUAUUGUUGCUUACUACGACGGAGUCUUCUUUCUCGGUAGCAAAAUCGUAACGGCAGCUGAUCGAGCUCGCGAUAUAGCUGAACCUGUAGCCUACGAUGUUAAAGAUUAUGUCGUGAAUGCCAGUAAUCAAAACGAGCCAGUAUCAGAAAUGGAAAAGGAUACAAAAAAUAAUGUAGUGGAACUAUAUUUAGGGGUAUCGGUAAGUGAGGAAAAGUGUAUGCCUCUUUCGAGCUUACUAACCAUGUUAUGCCUAGGUUCUAAUGCUUGGAAUUUCAUCCGGAGAACUCGCUGGAGCGUUUGUAUUUCCAGGCUUGCUAGAAAGAAUUUUCGAUCCUUUUAUGGAAUUUAUUACACUGGUUCUCGUGCCAACCUAUGUAUACCUGAAUAUCAGAAAAAAUGCCGGUAGGC